UAUUUUAUUUUAUUUUAUUUAUGUGUUUUUGCUUCCAUGUGUAUCUGUGUAAGAGUGUCAGAAUCUCUGGAACUGGAAUUACAGUUAUAAACUGCCAUGUGGGUGCUGGGAUUUGAACCAGCGUCUUUUGUAGUGCAGCCAACUCUCUCCUCUCUCUCUCUCUCUCUCUCUCUCUCUCUCUCUCUCACACACACACACACACACACAGUCUCUCUCUUUAUAAUGCCAUGUGGGUGCUGGGAUUUGAACCAGGGUCUUUUGUAGAACAGCCAUCUCUCUCUCUCUCUCUCUCUCUCUCUCUCUCUCACACACACACACACAGAGUCUCUCUCUUUAUGCUCUAUUUGCAUGUAUGCAAACGACAGAAGAGUACAUCAGAUUCCAUUAGAGAUGGUUGUGAGCCACUAUGUGAUUGCUGGGAAUUGAACUUAGGACUUUUGGUUUGGGGAAGCAUCUGAGUCUUACCAGCCCCGCCAGAGCUCUUACCCACUUAGCCAUCUCUCCAAUCCCAAAGACCAAGAAAUCGUGCACAUUUCCAGUUGUCCUUUUGUGGACUUAUCUCUAGUGUCACAUUACAGCUUGCCCCUGUCCGCUGGGGAAGAGCGUAACUUCAGGCUGUGGUUGUAUUCUUAGAUUUUAUUUGUCUUUUCUGCAAGUAAAUAUUAAAUAGGGAGGGUAGCUGCUUCAGAAACUAGGUCUGCCCACAACUUUCUCCUCUCCCUCAAACUCUCACAGUCAUUUCUAUUCUAACAAGAAGGCAAGGCCUGUGAAUUCCAGAGGGAGGAGGUUGGGGGCUAGGGUUCUGUUUUCUAGGGGGAGAGCUGUGUUUGUGAGUAGCAGUUCCUUGGAGGUGUAUAGUGGAGAGUUGUGGGGCUUCUCCAGCGGCUUUUAGGAAGGUGGAGGAUAAAGUGAACCACGUCUUCACAAUCCUUGAGUGUUUCUUCAUAAAAUAUGCCUUCAAAAUAUAGUUUCACUUUUGUCACGUUCCGGUUUAAGGAACUCCAGUGGUCUACUAGGCAAAAUGCUCCCUCUAGUGUCUUGAACGCUCACAAGUUUAUCUCGACCUUGAGGAGGCUGGGCGAUCUUAGAAGGGGGCCUUCCACUAAUGUCUUAAGGGCCACCCACAAACUCCCACUCGCCACUGCACUCGGACUGAAGCGCUGGGGCUGUCAGACCUGCCACUCUUCUGUUUUCUCCUCUCCUAUUGGUCAAUAGUAAAUUGAGGCACCUUUUUCAUCAUUGAGUGGGUUGGGUUUUGGGGCGCUUCCUUUGCCCAUUUCCAAGAUGGCGCCUACGGCCAUGCUAGGAAUGCAGGGUGAAGCUGCAGUUCUGCCAUUACUCAAGAUGGCUGCCCCCAUCAAGAUGACCGGGGUGUGCCUAGGGGAAAGAGGCUGCAGGAUGGUCUGAGACGGUCUAGCACUGAACCAUAUGGAAGUUUCUGAAACUGGGGAGCCCGAUGAUGGGGGGUGGAGCCCGUGCGGGAUAAAGGGAGCAAUAGAUUUUGUCCCCAGGCUAACCCUAACCCCUCCCUGUCCUCUGGACUAAAAUGGGGAACACCCUGGGCCUGGCACCGAUGGGGACUUUACCCCGCCGGAGCCACCGUCGAGAGGAACCGCUGCCCAACCCCGGGAGCUUCGAUGAGCUGCACCGGUUGUGCAAAGAUGUAUUCCCCGCACAGAUGGAAGGUGUGAAGCUGGUUGUCAACAAGGUUCUGAGCAGCCAUUUCCAGGUAGCUCAUACCGUGCACAUGAGUGCCCUGGGCUUGCCAGGGUACCAUCUUCAUACCGCCUAUGCAGGGGACUGGCAGCUUAGCCCCACGGAGGUGUUCCCCACUGUGGUGGGGGAUAUGGACAGCAGUGGCAGUCUCAACGCUCAGGUCUUGCUUCUGUUGGCAGAACGGCUGCGAGCUAAGGCUGUCUUCCAGACACAGCAGGCCAAGUUCCUCACGUGGCAAUUUGAUGGCGAGUAUCGGGGAGAUGACUACACAGCCACUCUGACCCUGGGAAAUCCGGAUCUGAUUGGGGAAUCAGUGAUCAUGGUUGCUCACUUCCUGCAGAGCAUCACCCAUCGGCUUGUGCUGGGAGGAGAGCUAGUUUAUCACCGGCGGCCAGGAGAAGAGGGGGCCAUCUUGACUCUAGCUGGGAAGUACUCAGCUGUCCACUGGGUAGCUACAUUGAAUGUUGGGUCAGGUGGGGCCCAUGCAAGUUAUUACCACAAAGCAAAUGAACAGGUUCAGGUUGGAGUAGAGUUUGAGGCAAAUACAAGGCUACAAGAUACGACCUUCUCUUUUGGUUACCACCUGACUCUGCCCCAGGCCGAUAUGGUGUUUAGAGGCUUGGUGGAUAGUAACUGGUGUGUAGGUGCAGUGCUGGAGAAGAAGAUGCGUCCCCUGCCUGUCACCCUUGCCCUGGGAGCCUUCCUCAAUCACUGGCGAAACAGAUUCCAUUGUGGCUUCAGCAUCACCGUGGGCUGAGGUUGUCCUGGGAGCAGCCUCCGCAGCAGCUGGAACCUUUGAGUGUGAUGCCCUAGGGCCAGAGACUGACGAGGUCCCUCUCCAGAGCCUGCCUUGCCGGAUGACUCCAAGGUCCCAUGGGCAGAGAUGGGGGCAGGAUGAUGUCCUCCUCGGAACUGGAACUGCCAUGGAUCAUUUGUCCAGUUAGGCAGCGGUUGAGGUUCCCAAUACUGCCAUCAGCCCCACUGUAAUCUCCCGCAAGCUCUAUGGCUCUGGAGUCAGGGAGCGGGACUAAGGGAUAUCUCUGGCUUCCCUCAUCCCACUUUUUUCCUUAUUUUUGUUUGAUUAAGAUAUUACUACUCCUUCUUCAAAGCAGAGAAUUCUGCAUGAAAAUAGGGAGCAGAAAAAAAGCCCCCUCUCCCAUUUCUCCUGGUUUCCCCAUUCCUCAGCCUUCCGUUCCUUCCCUUGGGAAGGUAGGAUUAAAGAGCUAAAUCUUUGGCCACAGAAAGACCAAAGAAUGGGCCCACCCAUUCCCAGAAGGAACUUCAUUCACCUCUGAUUCCUGAGGCUCCCGUCUUUCCCAUCCUCUGUGUUUCCAGAGACCAACUUUGGCCCUGUGGCCACCCAACUCUCUUCUUUCUGUCCCCACCCACUCCAUGCCCCACUGACGACCGCACGAAGACACAGUUACUGUUCAGUGUUCCAUUGCCUUUACCAAGCUCCUUUUUGCUGGUUCCCAUUUUGGGUACCAGCACUUUACUCUUUCCAGUUCAGUGUAUCCCAGGGGGUCUGGGGAAGGUCACAAGCCUGGACCUCAGCUGCAAAUCUCCCCAAGCAGUGGCGUCAUAGCAGACAGUCCCUGGAUGCGGUGAAGUUCAUAGGCGUAUGCGUUGUUUAUACUCCGGAGCUCAGCCAACAGGCCCAUCAGCUUUGCAUAUAGAAACCUUUGGAGGAAGUAGCAGGGUUACCAGGGAAAUAAGGCAGCUGGGAGUCCUGUCCUGAGGUUCCCAUCCCUUGAACCGCUCCUCAGAGAGGCUAAGUCUGAACGUUAGAAAAUCAUGCUCUGGAUGGCACAUCUAUAUUUUGAAAAAUCUCAGAAAUCCCCAAGAAGGGCCUCUAUCAACACUGUUUUCCUUCUUUGUGCCUAGUUUUUCCUGAACCCAGGGCUUUGAGGUCAAGUGUAAAGGAAGUACUUGGCCAAAACUUCAACUGUAUAGAAUCUGAAGGUGGAGCCUUCUAGAUCGAGUUCUAGAAGGUGGUUGUGUUAGUCUGUGGUAUAACGCGUCCCCCUCUUAGCAAAUGGAUUCAUUAGGGAAUGAGCAACGUGAAGGCGGCAUAGACUUCUGAGCCUGCGUCGUUCAACUAGGGACAGGCGUCGUGAAGGAUCCUAAUUUCAAUGGGACCUAAAAUGUCAAGGAAUUGACCCAAAGGAGAGGAACCGGCCAGAAAAAGAACAAGGCUUUGAAAUUUUGGCUUUGGUUUGGAAAAGUCCGAGAGCUGAGGUGAGGGAAUGCCACCAAUCUCAGGAAUGCUGUCACACAGGCCAUGAGCUGCUACUUUGCAUCUCUACUGACUGCAAACGACAACAAAAGCCAACAACUUGGAAAAGUGACACAAGAUGGCAGUCCAAGCAAUCUGGAUACUAUGUGUGAUGGGGGUGGCCUGAGGGAAGGUCUAGAUUCCUAAGUACCUGGUUUCCCAAAGGAAACAGCAGUAAAAUACAUUCAUCCGGA